AGUUGUUGUUACCGUUGGCCGUAGCACCAUAGCACAGAACAAGAUCAUGGAUCAUAUUCUUAUUAUCAAUGUUUAUAUAAUUUUCAAUUUUCAUAAUCAUCCCUAAAAUGUACGUAAUGUGCAUAGCAAACAUUGCUUAGUUUUCUGGAACUUAUGGACGACAAUAUUAAUGUAUUAUUACUUGACGUAAUAUUAUAGCGUUUCCGUUAUCAUUGUAAUCUCUCAACUUUAUUUCACAAUCGGGUAACAAGUUACAAUGUCCGAGUACAACAAAGUCCGGGUGUCCAAGUUGGUAUUAAAAAACGAAAAAGUCAAGAAGAAGAAGAAAAAAAACAAAUCUAAGAAUAAAGAUGAAAAAAUUAAUGUUGAAGAAAUUCAAGAAAAAAUUAACCAUGGAAACUGGGCAGAGGCUAAAUUAGUUAGCGAAAUUUCAGGACCAGUAGCUCUUGAAUUUGGUUCUCAGACCUAUGUUACCGCAAUGGACAAUGGGCUGUUUACACUAGGUCCUCCUCAUGAUGAAGGUGACGGUCCUUUACCUGAAGAAAUCUUAACAGCUAUUAUUGUCAAUGAAACAAGAAUUGCUUUAAAGUCUGGAUAUGGGAAGUAUUUAGGUGUUGAUAAAGAUGGAACAAUAGUUGGAAGAUCUGAUGCCAUUGGACCACUAGAACAAUUUGAACCAAUUUUUCAAGAUAACAAAUUAGCAAUUCUAUCUUCAACUGGAUGUUUUAUAAGUAUACGAGAUGAAGAUGACUCUUUGGUUGCAAAAAAUAGAACUGUUGGUCCAAAUGAAUUAGUUAAAGUCAGACUUCAUGCUAUUGAAAAUACAGAAGAAGCGAUUGAUAAAUUGGACGAAAAGAAAGGGAAUAUUAAGGAUAUAGAAAAAAAUUAUGUAAAAAUGUUCCAAAAAUUUCAAGAUAAGAAGAUGCGUAUGAUCGAAGGAAAAAGAAGUGAAUUAAAAAAAGCUCAACAAGAAGGAAAAUUACACGAAUCAUUAUUAGACAGAAGAGCAAAAACAAAAGCAGACAGAUAUUGUAAAUAGUACCUAUACAUUUUUUUAAUUAUAUUAUUUAAAUGUAGCAAUAGGUAUAAAAUUAAGUGUAAUUUUUUAUAAUUAAAUACAAUAUUUUACAUUAAA